CUACAUAAAUUGGAUAAAUUGAUAGUGAAAUCAAAAGUGAUUCUAUCAAUUUUAUCUAUUUAUUUACUUGUAAAAUUUUUAUUGAUUUUAUUGCUUAAGAUAGUUCUUGCAUAACUAGAAUUGGGUAUUUAGUUUUGAGCGGGGCCAGAAGGACCUAAAUCUUAUGAGGUGAGAAUUAAUAACUUUUUCACUAGUUUUUUUUUUCCACAGAUACAGAUACAACGAGUUCGUUGUGAUUUACAAGAGAGUUUCAUAUUUCAUGUAUUUCCGAGGGGGGUGGGGGGUGGUUUCGUAUCACUCAUAACGCCACUACAUCCGGCCAAAGGGCCGGGUAAUAAGCUAUUACUAGUAUAAUACUGAACGAUGUUACCCUGUAUUAGUUCUACGAACAGAGGAUGAUUGACUGGUUUGUUCAAUGAUCAUCCUGCCUAACUGGAACCAUGUGGCCAGGAAACUUCACGUUCUUCCACUACCACUAUUUUCAAAUUCCUUCAACUAACACAUUGCCAAGCUAUUCAUCCCUCAGAAAACUAAAUAUAGUUUGAAGUCCCACUUCUUAAGCAACCCAUUGCAUAAGGAAUAACCCAAAAAGCUCAGCUCCUAGUUUAGCAAUGGAGUUCCACUUCCAGAAGGACUACCUUGACUUGUUCUUGGUACCAAAUGGCCUUCUCAUUAUGUUCACUUACCAUCUCUACCUUCUCUACAGACACUACACUUGCCCUUCCUCCACGACCAUCGGCCUCGAAGCAUUCGACAGGGUCGAUUGGGUUCGAACCAUCGUCCAAAACGGCGAUAAGGGCACCUUAGACCGAGCAGCAUCCGUGAUCACAACCCACACAACAUCAGGAACUUUCUUCGCCACCUUCAGCUUGACCAUGAGCUCUCUAAUAGGCACAUUCCUCGGUUCCUCCAGCAAUUUAUUCAGGAGCAAUCGAGUUUAUGGCGAUACGAGGCCCUUUACAGUGUUCAUCAAGAACGUCGGGCUACUCUCUUGCUUGCUCCUUGCCUUCUCCGGAUUUGUUCAUGCUGUGAAGCUUCUGGUUCACGCCAACUACCUACUGACGAUGAGCACGCCGGGGAACAAGAACUUGGAGAGGAAGAUUGAGUUCAUGAUUACAAGAGGUGGAUACUGUUGGAACCUUGGCCUUAGAGCUCUCUAUUUUGCCAUCACUAUGCUCCUCUGGUUCUUCGGGCCCAUACCCAUGUUUGCUUCCUGUGUUUUCAUGGUGAUCAUCUUGUACUAUCAUGAUAUCUACAUCGUGAAGCUGCAUGAUUCGUAUUGUCAGCUGGAAGAGCCUGAAAAGUACAUGAAAGCAGAGCCAAGAGCAAGCUUCAGCUAUUGAGUUUUGUGGAUAAAAUUCGAAGAUUGUUGCGAGACGUACUGAAUCAAGGAUGAGUGCUUGUAUCUGCAGAGAUGAACCCAUGUACCCUAGUCGAGUUCCUCGAACAUUUUCCCCUUUCCAUUAACACGGAGGCAAUAACCCUAUACGGGUAAUUGUCCGUUUAGUUGACACAUGAAAUGACAUUCUUGCAAGUUGCAACUAUUUUAAAGUCCCUGUCUAGCUGUGUGUAGGCUGUGAUGAAGCAUACCAUCUUUGUCAACUGUUGUUUCCUUCUUUUGGCACCAAGUGAGUUGCUUGAUUGACUUGCUAUUACAAACUCCACGUUCUGGGAUUUGAUGGAAGAGCCCUUGCUUGCCCAACAAGACAUGCACUUGCAUCUUGCACCAUUGGCUGCAUCACAAACCAAUCCGUUUCCUCAAAUCGAACCACAAGUUGCUGAGUUCCUGGGUUACGACCACAAAAUCAAAAGUUAAAAAGACAGAAGAAUAAGUGAUCUGGGAUUUUUUUGGUUGGGUUUGCUACGAUACUAGUCCUGCAGUUUUGCGUCCAACCGCAUAGAACCGGACAAAUUGCGUUUCGGUUUGAGCCGAAUCAAUUGGUUGAUCAUACAGUGAGACAAGUACAAGGUGCGGUGGUUUGAUUAACAAAAAAUACGGUUCAACGGCACUGAUCGCCCAUCCCUCCUGUUACACCAUGAUGAUGUCUCUAGCCCCAAUGAGAUUAGCUAAGGAAUGGAAUGAUUCCCUCCAAUCAAGAAUCAAACUGUUAAAGGUGAAAACCCUAAUUCUACAGAAAGGAAGCACAACUCUAAUUCAGCUCACGUCCAAGAUAGCUGAGGUAAGGGAUAGUGGAGCCAGAUUUCUGAACCAGAAAGUGGGUCUGCUGAACACGUGAAACGCAGCAAGGACAAACAAACCCUAGAUGGGCUGCAUUCUAAUUUCUAAGAUAUAGUUGCGUGGGAAACAAGUAUAAGCAAAGCAGUUUCCAAUUUCAGUUUCCUAACACGCCACCCUUUUUCACCCAUCAUCAUCUUCAAACAACAGGCUGCCUCGGAACUGUUUUUAGCUCCUGAAAGCGAUUUAGGGUAACCCUGCCUGUGAAACAGCAGCAGGUUGAAACAGCUUCUGCUGAGAAUUACAGAGCUGUAGUGAUAGGUUUAUUGGUUCUGUUUUCAAAGCAUUGCUUAUUAAUCAUCCAAACGCCCACAUUCAUCAUCCACGUGAAAGGAAAUGGAAACGAAAGAUUCAAGCUGUAUUGCAGUCCUAUUGAAGCAAGGAAAAGAAAUACAUACUGCCAUAUUAA